AUGCAACAGGGGGCAUUUCUGCAUGUUGUCGUUCAUGAGGAUGUUGGUGGAUUGGAUCGUGUUCAGCAAGUGCUGGGGGCACGUGGCGAAUGUCGUGUACUGUCACAAGCGCAGCAUCAGGCAAAAGCCCAAGCUGAUGCUGAACUGAAGCAAGCCAAAACUGAACAACGCAACGGCUUGAUGAGUGGCAAGAGGGCGGCUGACGUAUGCAUGGCAUUGCUAGAAUUGCGUGGUCGAUCAGGAUCUGAACGUCAACGGGCGAAAUUCAGCAUGGAAGCGCUGAACCUUGUGAAGGACGCCCAGGGGUGGUCGGCUGAUGGCUUGAGGAAGUCACAGGCAGACGCAACGGCUGCAGCUGACGGAGCAGAUGACGCAGGAGAUGCUUGA